AUGGACAAUGCAGAGACGCAAGCAAUGGACACGCAAGGAGCCAACUUGAUGAAUGCUCGCGAAGCAGAGGUUGCCGCAGCCGGCAUGGGGGACCCGCCCACGGCUCCGGAGGAGCGGGACGAUCUGGAGACACAGCUCGAAGCUGAGCUCGAGGAAUUCUUCGAGAAGAACGAAGACGAUGAAUAUGCCCGGCAGCUUUUGCAGCACGCCAAGAAGGAGCCCUCGGCAUCGAUUUCGGAUGGAGGAGCCCUCGGCAUCGAUUUCGCAUGGAGGCCAGAAGGAGCCCUCGGCAUCGAUUUGGGAUGGAGGAGCCCGUGGCAUCGAGUUCUGAUGGAGGCCAGCGCGGCCGAGCUGCAAAGGCCGGAUCCUCUGGAGACCCGCCGGGCUGCUGAGAGUGCGGAGGAGCCGAAAGAAGGGCAAAAUGCAGUGGACAUGGACAAUACAGGGAAGCCGGGAAGUGCAACGGAGGCCUCGCCGAUGUUGACGGCGUAUCGCUUAUUUUGUGGAGCGGCGAGGCGAGACGGGUAUGGCUUUUCGGCUGCCUCUGAGCUGUGGAAGGACAUGCACAUGGAAUACCUCGACCUCUGUGAGAUGUUUUCCGGAAAAGGUGCUGUGACAGCCGAAGGUCGCAAGUGCGGGCUCAUCUGUGGAAGAUUGGACAUUGAUAUCGGCGAGAAUAUGGACUUGUCGACUGCUCUGCUGUGGUAUGUGGCAUCCGCUAUGUCGAUUUAUAUCAUGCUGGAACAGCCACAACAUGGUGAGACAAGCCUGUUCAAGAUGCCACGCUUCCAGGAGUUGGCGACCAUAUUCACGGAUGGUGAAACCACACGUGUGUUAUCGACCGGAAAGAAGGACGCCCUCCGGAACACGCAGACCUACACGAAAACCUUCGCCGAGGCUGUCAUCGAUUCUUAUCGGGCAUUGCCAAAAAUAUCUGCCGAGAGAUGUUUCGGACAACUUUCCGCCGAGGAGGAGGAGCAGAACAUCCAGCUACUGUUCGCUGAACCAAUAGAAGAUUUUUGGGAGGAGGCUGGCAUACCCGAGUUCAUUGUGUGGAUGAAGGGCAGUCGUCAUUUGCGAUUGCCGCCCAGCUGGCCGGCGGACUGGUGA